AUGCAUCGUCUUUUUGCUGAGCUGGAGCCAUCUUUAACCGUCACAGAGCAAAACCUGGCAGACCGAGUUCGGUAUAUCUUGCGCUCAAAUAUAUUUGAUUUCGCCGAACUCGAACGGCUACGACGUGAGGCUGUUCCCUCGUCGGAUGAGAAUGCUACGGCUGAGGAUGCGGCGCCACAAAUGGUAGAGCAACCCGCAAACGUGGAUGCCGCCGUGAAUACCCCAGUUGUGGUUGAUUCAAACGAUGAUGGAACAGUCGCCCAGGAACUGGAAUUAGAGCAUAUGAGGAGUACAUUGGAAGAGGCGAUUGUGGAAACGCGCAGUACGCCUCUCGAAAAUCGACCGCGACUUCCCCGCAUAGCCCUAAGCAAGCGGAAUCGGGCUGUCGUGAGGGCUCUGAACCCAAUGCUGGUGACCUAUUUGGAAGCCAGCCGGGACCUUUGCGAGACAGACUCAAUUCUUUUUGGCGCCGCGCUGGCAGUCUGCCGUAUCAUAGGCGCCAAGGUUUCCACGGCUGGACGCGCUACUGGCCAUAGUAGCGCUAUCCCAGCAUGGAGAAGAAGAAUUGAGGAACGUAUCGCAAAGGCUAGAGCUCUCAUCGGCAGACUGAUAUGCUUCAGAUCAGGCAACAACAGGCCAAGAAUUGUGCGCACCGUCAGGAUGGCGUUUGCUGGGACAAAUGUCAGUUUGUCCCAGCCGGAUAUAACGCAAAAACUGACGGAGCGCAUAGAUGAUCUGAAGCAGAGAAUCGCUGCUUGGGGAAAGCGGAUUCGGCGAUAUACCGAGAGGUCGAUACGGUUCAACCAGAAUCGUCUCUUCCAGAGUGAUCAGAAGAGGCUCUAUGAAUCAUUGGAGCGACCAAUGGUAAGUGGAACGGGUCCAGUACCGAAUCAGGCCGACACUGUAGCAUUCUGGCGCGGCCUGUGGUCAGAGCCCGUAAACCACAGCGAGGGCCCUUGGACGGAAGUUGUGGCUAGUCAGUGUGCGGGUAUUACGCCCAUGGACCCCGUCAUCAUAACGCCGGAUGACGUAGCUGAGGCGGUCCGCAGGGCCCCGAACUGGAAAAGUCCGGGGCUUGACGGGCUGCAUCACUACUGGCUGAAGGGAUUCAUGAUGAGAACCCAAGAAGCAGAAGAAGAAGAAGAAGAACUUCUUUUGUAUGGUAAAAUGGGACAAAUGGCGAAUUGA